AAUGGUAAUCAAUAAACGAUAAGAAUCUACCAUAUCUGAACAAAAUUCAGAAUUAAGAUAUACGACGAAGUGCUCACCCUCAAUUUCAUUGUCUUGACCAAAACAAAACAAAAUCCCAUAUUAAACAAAACAAUAUCACCCAACUAAUAACAUUACAGCUCCAUUAUUAGCUGUGUUAGAAAACACACACGACUUUAUAUUGUUCAGAAUUCAUUGCUAACGCUUUUUUCUGCUGCCAUAUUUGCAGAAAAAAGCAGCAAUGAGUUCUGAUUCUGAAGCAGGUUUAGGAGGAGGUGGAAAUGAUCUUCGAAAACCCUUUCUUCAUACUGGAAGUUGGUAUCGAAUGGGUUCUAGACAAUCCAGUUUAAUGGGUUCUUCUCAAGUUAUUCGAGAAAGUUCUAUUUCUGUUCUUGCUUGUGUUCUUAUUGUUGCUCUUGGUCCUAUUCAAUUUGGCUUUACUUGUGGUUAUUCAUCUCCUACUCAAUCUGCAAUUACUGAAGAGCUUGGUCUUUCUGUUGCUGAGUACUCUUGGUUUGGUUCUUUGUCGAAUGUGGGUGCUAUGGUUGGUGCUAUUGCGAGUGGUCAAAUUUCGGAGUAUAUUGGAAGAAAAGGGUCUUUGAUGAUUGCUGCUAUUCCUAACAUAAUUGGAUGGCUUGCUAUAUCAUUUGCCAAAGAUUCUUCAUUUCUGUAUAUGGGAAGGAUGUUGGCAGGAUUUGGCGUGGGAAUAAUUUCAUACACGGUUCCUGUGUACAUUUCUGAAAUAGCACCUCAGAAUUUGAGAGGAGCAUUGGGCUCAGUAAAUCAGCUAUCUGUUACAAUAGGCAUAAUGCUGGCUUAUUUGCUUGGGCUUUUUGUUCCGUGGAGAAUACUUGCAGUGUUAGGAAUAUUGCCAUGUACUAUAUUGAUCCCUGGUUUAUUCUUCAUACCAGAAUCUCCUAGGUGGUUGGCAAAAAUGGGCUUGAUGGAAGAUUUUGAGGUUUCCUUGCAAGUUCUUCGUGGCUUCGACAAUGAUAUAUCUCUUGAGGUCAAUGAAAUAAAGAGAUCUGUUGCUUCAAGUAGCAAAAGAACCACCAUAAGAUUCGCAGAACUACGACAAAGAAGAUAUUGGUAUCCUUUGAUGGUAGGAAAUGGGUUACUUAUCUUGCAGCAACUGAGUGGAAUCAAUGGUGUUCUGUUCUAUUCCAGUACCAUAUUCAAAGAGGCUGGGGUGUCAUCAAGCAAUGCUGCAACAGUUGGCCUUGGUGCUGUUCAGGUUAUUGCAACUGUGGUAACUACGUGGCUGGUGGAUAAAUCAGGACGCAGGUUUCUUCUAAUUCUUUCUUCUGCAGGGAUGACACUUUGCCUUCUAGUGGUUGCUGCGUCCUUUUUCUUAAAGGAUAUUGUAGGAAUUGAAUCUUCAUGGCACAAUGCAUUCUCUAUCAUUUCGGUUGUAGGCGUUGUGGCUAUGGUUGUUUGUUUCUCACUAGGAAUUGGGGCCAUUCCAUGGAUUAUAAUGUCAGAGAUCCUUCCAAUUAAUAUCAAAGGGCUAGCAGGGAGUAUUGCUACACUUGCCAAUUGGUUCAUAGCAUGGGUUGUCACCAUGACUGCAAACAUAAUGUUGUCUUGGAAUAGUGGAGGUACAUUCUCUAUAUAUAUGCUUGUUUGUGCCUUCACUGUGGCCUUCGUUUACCUUUGGGUCCCCGAGACAAAGGGGAGAACAUUGGAGGAGAUUCAGUAUUCACUGAGAUGAUAAGCCGGAUUUUAUGGUAGACAAUCCGAUGGGCGUCUAGCAUUAGGCUCGAUUCAGUCCAAGUUAACAUUUUCAGCUUGGUGGAUCUAGCUAUGCUGGGUAGAUACUUGUAUAUGCACAUGUAACUUCUAUCAUCUAGUCGAAUAUUGAAGUCACUUAUGGAAGAGUUAUGUAAUGCAACAUAAUUUCCCUGCCAUUUUUUCUAUUUUUUUUUUCUUUCUAUUUUCAUCUUUUCCUCUCUUCCUACCUCUUCAAGAUUUUGACAAUAAUUGUUUUGCCAUUAGCUCAACCAUCUAUACCAUGAUUCUUGCAG